CUCCUCCUCGACAUUCCAAGUUGGCGAGAUUAUAUUAUAUUUAAUAAAAAAAGAAAAAACAGAAAAAAUAGGAAAGAGAGAGAAAGAGACUAGCAGAAAUCUUUUUAGCGCCUCCACUGCUCUUUUUUUCCUCCCCCUCUCCCCAAAAAUUAUCCCCAAAAACCCUAAAUUUUUUCAGUUUUUGUGAGGCGCAAACCUCCCCAAUACCUUCCAAACCUCCUCCAAUGGCGACCGAGUUGACUCAGCUCCAACACGCUCAAAUGGCGGCGAUUCUCGGCCCCGAUCCAUCUCAUUUCGAAACCCUAAUCUCUCACCUCAUGUCCACAAACAACGACCAGCGCUCUCAAUCCGAGUCCCUAUACAAUCUAUGCAAGCAGCACCAGCCUGACGGGCUAUCCCUCAAGCUGGCGCAUCUUCUGCAGUCUUCUCCUCACCCGGAAGCUCGAGCCAUGGCCGCGAUUUUGCUCCGAAAGCUAUUGACCCGGGACGACUCGUUCCUAUGGCCUAAACUCAGUGGUUCGACUCAGUCGACGCUCAAAUCCGUCCUCCUUGCUUGCGUUCCGCGGGAGGAUACGAAGACGAUAUCGAAGAAGUUGUGCGACACUAUUUCUGAGCUCGCUGCUGGAAUUAUCCCUGAAUAUGGAUGGCCGGAGCUUUUGCCGUUCAUGUUCCAAUGCGUGACUUCGGAUAAUGCAAAGCUCCGAGAAUCCGCGCUGUUGAUUUUUGCGCAAUUGGCUCAGUAUAUUGGUGAAACACUGGUUCCUCAUUUGGAUACUCUUCAUAACGUGUUUUUUCAAUGUUUGGGAGGGUCUUCGAGUGCCGAGGUUCGAAUUGCAGCUCUAGGAGCUACCAUUAACUUCAUCCAAUGCUUAUCCAACGCUUCGGAUCGCGAUAGGUUCCAGGAUUUGCUUCCUCCGAUGAUGCAGACAUUGACUGAGGCUUUGAAUUGUGGGCAAGAAGCCACUGCUCAGGAGGCUCUUGAAUUGUUGAUUGAUUUGGCUGGGACGGAGCCUAGGUUUUUAAGGAGGCAAUUGGUUGAUGUUGUUGGAGCGAUGUUGCAGAUUGCGGAGGCAGAGACUCUUGAAGAAGGAACCAGGCAUUUGGCGAUUGAGUUUGUGAUUACAUUGGCUGAGGCGAGAGAGAGGGCGCCUGGUAUGAUGAGGAAGUUGCCCCAAUUUAUCCAAAGGUUGUUUGGGAUAUUGAUGAAGAUGUUGCUUGAUAUUGAGGAUGAUCCUGUGUGGCAUACUGCUGAUACCGAGGAUGAGGAUGCUGGGGAGUCUAGUAAUUAUAGUGUUGCGCAGGAGUGUUUGGAUAGGUUGUCGAUUUCAUUGGGAGGGAAUACCAUUGUUCCGGUUGCCUCUGAGUCGUUGCCAGCUUUUUUGGCUGCUCCUGAGUGGCAAAAGCAUCAUGCUGCUUUGAUUUGUUUGGCCCAAAUAGCAGAGGGCUGCUCAAAGGUGAUGAUAAAUAACUUAGAACAAGUUGUGUCAAUGGUGUUGAAUUCAUUUCAAGACCCACAUGCUCGUGUGCGUUGGGCUGCCAUUAAUGCAAUCGGUCAACUAUCAACAGACUUGGGGCCAGAUUUGCAAAUGCAAUAUCAUAAUCGUGUGUUGCCUGCUUUGGCGUCUUCCAUGGAUGAUUUUCAAAAUCCCCGUGUCCAGGCACAUGCUGCUUCAGCUGUCUUGAACUUCAGUGAAAAUUGCACCCCAGAGAUCUUGACGCCUUACUUAGAUGGUAUUGUGAGCAAACUGCUUGUCCUUCUGCAGAAUGGGAAGCAAAUGGUUCAGGAAGGAGCCUUGACUGCAUUAGCAUCGGUUGCUGAUUCAUCACAGGAACUUUUCCAGAAGUAUUAUGAUGCUGUUAUGCCAUACCUUAAAGCUAUACUGGUCAAUGCAACUGAUAAGGCAAAUCGUAUGCUACGUGCAAAGUCUAUGGAAUGUAUAAGCUUGGUUGGAAUGGCUGUCGGGAAAGAGAAGUUUAGAGAUGAUGCUAAGCAGGUCAUGGAAGUUCUUAUGCAGUUGCAAGGAUCUCAACUGGAAGCUGAUGAUCCCACAACUAGUUAUAUGCUUCAGGCAUGGGCAAGACUCUGCAAAUGUCUGGGGCAAGAUUUUCUUCCCUAUAUGAGUGUUGUUAUGCCUCCAUUGCUUCACUCUGCUCAACUUAAGCCUGAUGUAACGAUCACAUCAGCAGAUUCAGAUGCUGAUAUUGAUGAAUCUGAUGAUGAGAGCAUUGAAACCAUCACCCUUGGGGAUAAAAGAAUUGGAAUCAAGACCAGUGUUCUUGAGGAGAAAGCUACAGCUUGCAAUAUGUUGUGUUGCUAUGCCGAUGAGCUGAAAGAAGGUUUCUUUCCAUGGAUAGACCAGGUUGCUCCUACAUUAGUUCCCCUUCUAAAAUUUUAUUUUCACGAGGAAGUUAGAAAGGCUGCAGUGUCAGCCAUGCCGGAGCUUCUGCGUUCUGCUAAAUUAGCUGUGGAAAAGGGGUUAGCCCAAGGUCGCAAUGAGUCAUAUGUUAAGCAAUUGUCUGAUUAUAUUAUACCUGCUUUGGUGGAGGCUCUACACAAGGAACCUGAAGUGGAAAUCUGUUCAAACAUGCUUGAUGCACUUAAUGAGUGUGUACAGGUCUCUGGAACACUUUUGGAUGAAAGCCAAGUAAGAAUCAUAGUAGAUGAGAUAAAGCAGGUUAUAACAGCGAGUGCCUCUAGAAAGGCCGAGAGAGCAGAAAGGGUCAAAGCUGAGGAUUUUGACGCUGAAGAAGGAGAAAUUCUUAAGGAAGAAAAUGAGCAAGAAGAAGAACUUUUUGAUCAGAUUGGCGACUGCUUAGGCACAUUGAUCAAGACAUUCAAGGCAUCUUUCCUGCCCUUCUUUGAUGAGCUCUCAUCAUACUUGACACCCAUGUGGGGUAAGGAUAAAACAACAGAAGAAAGAAGAAUUGCCAUUUGUAUAUUUGAUGAUAUUGUGGAGCAUUGUCGUGAAGCAGCACUUAGAUACUAUGACACCUUCCUCCCUUUCCUGUUGGAGGCUUGCAAUGAUGAAAAUUCAGAUGUUCGGCAGGCUGCUGUUUAUGGUCUUGGUGUUUGUGCCGAGUAUGGGGGAUCUGUGUUCAAGGCUCUUGUUGGAGAGGCUCUUUCAAGAUUGGAUGUUGUGAUAAGGCAUCCAAAUGCUACACACUCAGAGAAUGUGAUGGCUUAUGACAAUGCGGUAUCAGCUCUUGGGAAAAUAUGCCAGUUUUAUCGUGAUAGUAUAGAUGCUGCUCAGGUUGUUCCUAUGUGGUUGAAUUGCUUGCCAAUUAAAGGAGAUCUAAUCGAAGCCAAGGUUGUGCAUGAUCAACUUUGUUCCAUGGUUGAGAGGUCUGAUAGAGAUUUAUUAGGGCCGAACAAUCAGUAUUUGCCCAAAAUAGUUGCAGUUUUUGCUGAGGUAUUGUGUGCGGGUAAAGAUCUUGCAACAGAGCAAACUGCUAGCCGAAUGGUCAAUUUAUUAAGGCAGCUUCAACAAACUCUACCACCUUCUACUCUUGCAUCGACCUGGUCAUCCCUUCAACCUCAGCAGGUGUUGGCAUUGCAGUCAAUUCUAUCCCAAUAGUUUCACCUAUAUUUAUUUAAUCUUUAUGAAGCCUGCUCGUGUUGUGAGCUGGUUUGUUGUCUUCUAUUUCAUUAUUCUUUUUUCAUGGCAUAUAUUAUUCCAUCCUCAAUCGCAAUUUUUGCUGGUGGACGUAGUCGUUGGUCAAUGUGGUAGUCUUGGUUGACGAAGAUCAGUGUGUAUAUUAUAAGUGUUGUCCGUCACAAGUUAUCUUGCUGUGAUUUGAGUUAUAAAAAAUGGAAAAGAAAUAGAAGAGUGGUGUGGUGAGGUCAUACUUCUGUUGUCAUUAUAGUGUUCAACGCCUUGACAGUUCAAAGGAUUUUGUGAAGCAAUUUAGUAGCAAUUUUGGGGUCUGUUCCUGCAUUCAACACUUAUUUUUUUUGGUGUAUGCGUUGAUUAAUGAAGGUUCGCUUAAUGUUUUAAUA